AUGUCCCAGUCACAGUUUACAGACCAGCGUCAUAUCGAUGCUUGGAUCUUUGGAAGCGGAACUGAAGCAUUAGCUUCCGCGGUGUAUUUGAUCAAAGACGCCAAAGUACCUCCAACCAGAAUCCAUAUCAUAGACAAGCACCUGUUCUCGGAGCAAAUCUCGCACCGCCCAGGUAGCUGGUCCUAUGGAUACGACCAAUUUGCCGCAUGCCUGCCUGUUCCAGCUGGCCUACCUAUGGAAAGGCUUCUCGCCAGUCUUCCCUCAACACAAUCGCAAGAGCAGUCUCUUUUGGACGAGAUACAGACGGCAGAGGCAAAUCGAGUCCCCAAGAAAAGAAAUGCUCGAACCUUCUUUCUAGCUAUGACCAAGGGUUCAGUGAAUCAGAUACCCACAGAUUCAUUAAAUCUGAGCACCAAGCAUCGGAUAGCUCUAAUACAGCUUCUCUUCAAUCGCGAAAGAUACCUAUCACAGAGGCGAGUCCAGGAGCUUCUACCGGAGGACUUUUUCAAAUGCCCUUUCUGGGCAAUCUGGUCUGCCCAGUUUGGCUUCCAGCCGUGGCAUAGCGCAGCAGAAUUCAGGCGUUCUAUUCGUCAAUAUCUUCCUCAAUUUCACAGCUUAAGUAUUCUGAGCUGCCUCGACAUCACUGGCUAUUAUCAGUAUGAGUCUUUGUACCUGCCAAUUUAUUGUUUUCUCCAAAGCUGUGGAGUUGACUUCCGAUUCGGUGUCGAAGUCAAGGACAUGCAAGUGUCUAAAGAUAACGUUAAACAAAAAGUCACAGGAUUCAACUUGGUCCAAGGCAACCUACGACUACGCCAGCAACUAGGGGAGAACGAUAUCGUGAUUAUAAAUAUUGGAUCCACUAUCUCAGGUUCAGCAGUCGGUACCAAUAAUUCUACACCAGUGUGGCAAUCACUCGAUGCGGAUGAUUUGUUCGACCAAAAUUGGGCAGUAUGGUUGGACCUGGGAAAUAAAUAUAAGGGCCUUGGCAAUCCGUACAACUUUUGCACACGCCAGUCUGAAUCUAUGCUGGAAUCCUUCACGAUCACUACACAGGAUCUCGUGCUCUACGAUGACCUCACAUCACGCUCAAAGUGCAUAUCUGAGGCCGGGACAUUCAUAUUUCUCAGCGACAGCAAUUGGAAGAUAAACCUGUGCAUACCCACCCAGCCGGUCUUUUCAUCGCAGCCACGAGAUGUCCGCGUUCUUUGGGGGUUUGCGCACUCACCCAGAGUCGAAGGGAAUUAUGUGCAACGAAUAAUGCUCCAUUGUUCUGGUGCGGAUAUUUUGUCUGAGAUAUUAGGUCACCUCAAUCUCCACUACAACCCGCCGUUGUCACAAACUGUCACCAUUCCACGCGCGAUGCCCCGGAUGAGUUCUUUGUUUCUAACGCGGGCAUUGGGUGACCGUCCAUCAAUUACGCCCUUAUUCAACGUCGGUCUUGUGGGGCCGUUUACAGAGUGCCCGGGUUACACAUGCGCAGACGUCAGUUACGGCAUCCGCACUGCCAAAAUGGCAGUCCACAAACUAAUGGGCCUGGAAGGAGGCUUGGAAGAUUCUUUGAAAUCGAGGAUCUCGAUUCUUAAAAAAGUUAUCUUUUGGAGAUAA